CCCCCAGUCCUAUGAGCUGUCUAGCGCUGUCCUGCUCACGGUCACGCGUCACGUGGUACUUCGGUUAUGAGUCCGUAAAGCCUUAACUGUAACAAACGGUACAUCUUUCCCAAGAUCAUAUCCUUAACCAAGUGCCUAGUGGGAGCACGCGACAAUUGGUUCAAACACAUUAUCUCAGUGAAAAGUUUGAACACAGAGCUGUAAUUACUUUCUGAACAGCACAAAUUAGGCAAUAGGGCAUUACUUCAGCGACUUUGUCAAAUAGUUUCAUUGAUUGUUUAUGGAUUUAGUAGUUUGUGAAAACAUUUGGUGAAGCAAGCCAUCUAAUACUUGUGUCAACAGAAAACAAGGAAACUUACUUUUGAUGCUGGAUACUAUCUUCAACUACAGUUACAUCAAGGAGCUAGUGGACGGACUCCUGGUCUGGAAUCAAACCUCGUUCUGAUGUCGGGCAGCAGACGCCAUCUCUAAUUCUGCCUGCUCACACUCCACCCAAACAAGCUGCUUUCCUUGAGAUGUUGAUCCUAAGCGAUGCUGAACUCUCACCUUUGAUGAUGUCAUCGGAGUCUUCCGUUGUACCUUGUCACCCGCAGGGGUCGGAGCGGGACUUGGUAAUGUCUGGAGCCUAUCAGGAGUUCCCGGAGUCUCCACAGCGAUCCCAUCAUGCCCAGCGCCACCGCGGUCAUCUGCACCAAUGGGACAUCAACGACAACGUCCUGCCCACGCCGGACACGCACGACCCCUUUGAACUGUGGCCCACAGGACACAGUCGGAGGGUGUACCAGGCCGACAGCGACGACGCCAGGAGACACGUGAGCGGCUGGGCCAUGCGCAACACCAACAACCACAACGCCCUGAUACUGAAAAAGUCCUGCCUGGGUGUCCUCGUCUGCUCAAUGGACUGCAUGCUGGAGUCCGGCCGGAAAGUGCACCUCCGGCCGGCCAUUUGCGACAAAGCCAGGAGGAAACAAAUGGGCAAGCCGUGUCCAAAUCCCGGGUGCCCAGGGAAACUUGACCUUCUUUCAUGUCGCGGCCAUUGUGGUUACCCGGUGACCCACUUCUGGAGGCACGUGAACCGUUACGUCUACUUCCAGGCCAAAGGCUUUCACGAUCACCCAAGACCGGAAGUGAAAUCUCUGUCGGAGAAAGGAAGACACGCCUUCACUAAACAGCUGAAACAAGAGGGGGACCGUGUGAACCCAAUGACCCUGAAACGAAGAUUUCCUAUUUUGACCAAUGAAGAAAUUCCGGAUAAAAAAAUGUUUAUCUCUGCACAAGAUGAGGUCAUGUGCUCUUGCCCACCAUUUGAAUGCGUUUGCCCAAAGUCACAUUCCCACAUGGUCAACACAUCCAUGGGAUAUUUUAAAGACACCCACGCUGGGCAUUACUUACCUCACAGAUCCCACCAUGGCGUCGGGGCUGGGCUGGAGCAGCUGGCUGCCGCCCCUUUCACCCAGAUUAACAUCACCAACACGUGCCUACCACCGUCAACCGUGGACGUGACCAUCCCCGGUUACGAUCUGUACGCUAGUUGCCCGAGGUUCGGGUUCCAUCCCCAUCUUCUGGACAGUGAGGUGAGGAUGUUCAGCAACUGCAACACGAAGGAAGACCCUAGCUCGUCCCAGAGCCGCAUUCAUGGAGGCGACUACAGGCAACACGAUCUGAGCUCAUGCGCGUCUGUUCCGUCGGGCCAUACUACAAGCACACCGCAAAGGACGAUGGCAUCUUUUAACGCAGUCGAUGACAGGGACGAGUUUUCGCGGUUUCGGCUUUCCACGGGACAGAGCUUUUCAUCCCCUUCUCCUGUGAAUGAUACUCGAGGUCAGGUCGUUAAGACAGAGCCGGGAACUGCCUUCUUCUGUAGUAGGUCUCCAUCAUCACCCUCUUCGCGCGCCUACACUUCUGAUAUGUAUCGAGAUCUUUCUCCAGAAUACCAGAGUCCUCCUCCAUCACCCAGGCUAGAGGACUACCAAAACAAAUUUAACUCAGCUCACGAAGAGUUCAGCAAAGAGCAGCAAGACCAGGAGCCGACCUACAUCACGCUUACCUCCCCUCAACGAGACGCCAAGAGCAUCAGCGACACACGCGAUUUUAACGCUUGUAGGCUCAGUUACACCAACACACCUCCCAACACGACGUGUUCGGCUUUAGACAACAUUCUGUACCCUCCCCAACCGACGCAAGUAACGCGAGUGGACAGCGUGCCCUCAGGUCUGGUGUCACACCGUCCUCCAGCACAAAGAGAGUCGUUCAUCACAGCCCAAAUGUCGCAUUCCAGGCGGUCAUCGACAUCUUUGCUGCACAGGUCGCCCAUGGGUAACGCUGAAGCUCUUAAUCCCACUGGAACUUCCCAAAGAGGCAACAGUUUUCCGACCAGCUACAGCAGCACCCCUUUACACAUCGACCCCUCCACGACCCCCAUCACGAUGAACAAUGAUCCCUGUUUGCCAACAUAUCCUUCCACUGGCAGCAACUACACGAGUCUUGGUGCUCCAUACGGGUACUUUUGUAACGAGAUGCUGCAGACUCCAGCCCAACAGGCGUACAGGAACCGAAGCAUUAACAUUACAUUAACAUAUAACUGAAAACGAGCUCUUCACAACUUAGUUCGCUCCGAUGUAAUAUCAAGUCCGACAAUAUCAAAAGACGGGAUAUCUGAUUGAUUAUCAAAACAUCACUGCUAAAAUUCUCACUGCAGUACAGACUUUCACGCCACUUGUAAAACUGAUAUUCUAGUCCGAUACUGGAACGUACGUUGUCUAUAUAAGGUUAUGGAAAGUUCUCGGAAUGGUGGGGGAUGUAUGGAACAUUGAUUAUCUGCUACACCUCAUGUCAGCUCCAGUUGUCUUAACCAUGUCUUACCAGUAGACACAUCGGAUAAACCGUCAUAUAGUUUGACUGUUGUGGAGUUUAUCUGCCUCACUUUAAAACCUGUUUCUUUGCGCAUGCCCCAAUCUUGCAAUUAGAAGAUACUUAUGUUCUUCAGUAAGGAGAAGCUACAUUAGUAGCUGCCAACCCAAUAACUCUAUUUCAUGUCUUCUGAACUGAAAGCUAAUAUAUUCCAUCGCAGAAGCUUAGACUCAAUACACUAUCAAUUAUUUUAUGCACUUUUACAAAGUCGUUCUGUUACUGAACUAUUCACACACCCUUGUCGCAGAUGGCAAAACAAUCUCUAUAAACCAUAGUUGUCCACUAUUUGAAGCAAUAUAAAAUGUCACAUAGAACAAGAUAAAUGCAAGAGACAAACUCAAUCAGUAGUUUACUAUAACGUGUAAUUAAGUGUUAUAGAAAACCUAAGAAUGUGUCUCCUCUACUCACGUUGAGUCUUCCAUCAGAACCAAAACACAAGCGAAAAACAAUAUAAAGGUUUUUAAUAUCAACAUUGUGCCUAAAAAGGCUAAAUACACCAUAAUGCCUAAAUGUUUCAAGCACUACCAUUGUGCCUCGGGGCACUUACACCUCACCCUUGUGCCUAAAGUCCAGAAUCCAAAUCUCAUCACUUUUGUGCCUGAAAAAUCAACUAUACUUGCUUGUAACGGCCAAAAAAAGAUCAAACGUGUGGCUACAGUUACAGUAGGCCCUAGCAAGACGUUAAUUUUGUGAAGUUCACCUUGUGGCAACAGUAGCCUCUACCAAAACACUACUUUUGUGUGGUUCACCUUGUGGCUACAGUAGCCUCUACCAAAACACUACUUUUAUGUAGUUCACCUUGUGGCUACAGUAGCCUCUACCAAAACGUUACUUUUGUGUUAUAAAUGAACAUUUUAUUUUAUGACGUUUGUCUGGAAAAAUCAUAAAUACAUUUCAAGCCUAAAAUUAUUGGAACAUGAUUGUCUACUGAUCCAUAAGGAACAUGAUCGUCUGCUGAUACAUAAGUAGCAUGAUCAUCUGCUGCUACAUAAGGAACAUGAUCGUCUGCUGCUACAUAAGGAACAUGAUCGUCUGCUGAUACAUAAGUAGCAUGAUCAUCUGCUGCUACAUAAGGAACAUGAUCGUCUGCUGAUACAUAAGUAGCAUGAUCAUCUGCUGCUACAUAAGGAACAUGAUCGUCUGCUGAUACAUAAGAAGCUUGAUUGUCUGCGGAUACGUAAGGAACUUUCUCGUCUGCUGAUACAUGUCUUGCCUGUACCACGAGGAACAUGAACUUCUGGCUCCUAUGUGUUAUCAAACUUUUUGACAGUUUCUCUAAUUUAUUAUAGUUGUUAGUUUACAAAUAACUUCAUACUUGAGCUUAUUAUUGAGCUUAUCAUAUGACCUGCAUUCCAUUUAUAUAUUUUACAUAUCAUUGAAAGUAUUCCUAUUGCUUAUCACGAAUUUGAAAUGUCGUAUCUAACAAAUGUUUUAUGAAUGCCAUAUUUAAAAAAAAAAUCUUCCAAGCUUGUCAACUAUUUUAUGAGACCAAUAGUAUUCAAUUAUGGUGACAAAAGUCCUGUUUUCUCUUUGCUCGGAUGUAAUUAUUGUUUAGACACAGAUAGAGAUAGAGUGAUAUCAUUGCACAGAUAGAGCAAUAGUACCGAAAACGACAAAAAAUGUUCUAUUAGUUCUAUCUGGUGAAACUGCUUUGAAAAUGUCUAACUACACGAUACAUGGUUGGGUUAAGGCAGGGGCUCUCAACAUGUGAGUCACGACCCCUUGAGGGGUCGAUUGACGAUUAGUCAGGGGUGGCCUAAGACCAUCGAAAAUAUGGAUUGUAUUUUGUGUAUUCUUCUAUUGCUGUGUAAGUAUGGGGGGGGGGGGGGUCGCGGCAGAGUGGGGGAUAGUAAAAAGGGGUCGCCGAGCUUAAAAGGUUGAGAACCGCUGGGUUUAAGGCAAUUAAUAGUUAGGCAAUCACUGACUCGCUACUGAGACCCAGAAAAAUACUAAAAUCCAGUGUUUUGAUGAUUUCUUUAUGAUUGCAUAUCUUGAUCAUUUUACUCUGUUGAAAUAAUAAUGUUGUGUUUCUGUGACACCGAGUUCUGUGUGUGUGAAAGCAUGUGUUAGUGUAUUUGUGACAGGACAUGUUAGUGUAUGUGUGAUAAAACCUUGACCUUGUUACCAUUGACAUCGGCCUUUCCCUGUCUUUGAUUGUUUGUUCCUGUCACAUUCCAUUCUCUUCCAUUAAAGGUGAUAUCAGAAGUCAACAUGACCUCAAGCAUUUCUUUUACAACACAGCCUACCAUGUAUUUUAUCCACUUCACCACAAACACACACACGCACGCAUAUCUUUACACCUGUUUCUUAAUGCGGCAAGUGCAAUUAUAUAUUUGUUUUUUUUUUUUACUCCUGACAAUGUGUUCUCAGUGUUCUGUCAGUUAUUCGUCUAUUUUUCGGUAACUAGUAUGACAUAUAUAUAUAUAUAUAUAUAUAUAUAUAUAUAUAUAUAUUUGUACUGUGUUUUAUGA